UAUCAUUAUCAUCUGCUAACAGAGUGGUCACCCGACGUUAAUAAUACGAUACUACGAAUAGUAAAAAACGAUCGCUGAAUUCAACACUUUUGGUUACAAUUAUUCCAUUCGUAAUUAAAAUUAAAUUGAGGGUCCAUCAAAAAUAAUAAGGACAGCAUUGAAAUCCUUCUAUUACGGGGGCCAAAGAAUUAAACUGUAGCGGAAUCUAAAAACUGAUUUUGGGUUUUUCAUAACAACCGACUACGCGACACUGAUCCAUCAUGUACAGAGGUGGUAUACAUUCUAUUGUACAUGUCACUGCACCGACAAUUGAAUUCGCAAAAAGUUUGGCUCGAGGUCUUAUAACGAAGGAUCUUGCAGCUUGUGUAAACUUGAUUCCUAAUGUUACAUCAAUUUAUAAAUGGAAGGGUGAAGUAAACGAAGACUCUGAAAUACUGAUGGUUAUUAAAACACGAACUUCAAGAAUAGAAGAGUUGACUAUUUAUGUCGAGUCUCAACACCCGUAUGAUGUCUGCGAAGUAAUUUCUACUAAAAUAGAAAAUGGUAACAAUUCUUACAUGAAAUAUUUAUCAGAAUGUGUACCAGAAGCGUCUGAAAAUUAAUUAUUAAUAUAUAGGACUGAUUUGUCUCUAACCCAAAUGUAACAAUUAAUUAAGUCUUAACUGUAUUAUUUGUUAAGAUAAUUAAUAAUUUAACCGAAAAUCAUUGUAUAAAUGUUGAACUUGGUUACGAUUCUAUUGAUGUUUUAAACAAAUUCAAUAUGAUCAAUUUUUGUAUCUUUGUAUUUUUAAAGACAUUUAAACAAAUACAUUUGUGUUAAUAAAUUCUUGUACAUUAACUAUAAAUAUACACAUUCAUGAAAAUAAGUAUAACAUUUUUCAGUACUCAUAUAAAUGGAAAAUGGAAAAAAAUGAAAAAUAAGUCAAAGUUAUAGUGGUAGUCAUAGUUAUUUCUUAAAUGAAAUGAAAAUUAUUGGUACAAAUUAUGUAACUUAAAAUUAAAUUAAAAAUAUUGUAAUUAGCAAUAAUUAUUGUUUUAAUGUUUUAUAUAAUUUUUACAGCUGAUCAAAGAAAUUAGUCCAUAAAAUAUGUUAAUUUGGAGGGACUAAUUGUAUAUUAUCUUCUUUUUACUAUUCAAACUUAUCAAACUCUGCUUUUAAGAAUUGUAUUUUAUAAUUAUCAUAUUUCAAUUUUAGAAUUUGACCAAUAUAUCACCCAUUGUCAUUUAUAAUGGCAUAAUAUUUUUCGGUUUUAA